GUCCCGGCACUGCCCGGAAGAGCAGCGGCCGCCAGUGUCGGGGGAAUGACAAGCCGCCCCUUGGCAGGCCGCCCCGCACGCAAGGCCAUCGCAGCCGGACACCCCGGCCAUGUGGGGCUCCCGGGAGCUGCUCCUGGUGUGGUUUCUGGUGCUGGCGGCUGGCGGCACCGAGCACGUCUACCGGCCCGGCCGCAGGGUGUGCGUGGUCGGGGUCGCCGAGGCGCCCGAGUCCUUCGUGCAGCGAGUGUACCAGCCCUUCCUCACCACCUGUGACGGGCACCGGGCCUGCAGCACCUACCGGACCCUGUACAGGACUGCCUACCGCCGCAGCCCCGGGCCAGCCCCCGCCAGGCCUCGCUAUGCCUGCUGCCCCGGCUGGAAGAGAAGCAGUGGGCUCCCCGGGGCCUGUGCAGCAGCCGUAUGCCAGCCGCCAUGUCGGAAUGGAGGGAGCUGUGUCCGGCCCGGCCGCUGCCGCUGCCCUGCGGGAUGGCGGGGUGACACCUGUCAGACAGACGUGGAUGAGUGCAGCUCUGGCAGGUCCGGCUGCCCCCAGCGCUGUGUCAACACCGCCGGGAGCUACUGGUGCCAGUGCUGGGAGGGGCACAGCCCCUCUGCGGACGGGAGGCUCUGCCUGCCCAGGGGAGGGGCCCCCAGCUCGGCCCCAAGCCCGCCGACAGGGGCGGACGGCGCCGUGAGGGAGGAGGUGCGGCAGCUGCGGGCCAGGGUGGACGCGCUGGAGCAGGUGAGGCCGGGCCUGCGUGUGCCCAGCUCCCUGGGACACAGCUGUCACCCGCGGGGUGGCCGGGAGGGGGCUCCCUGGAAGGACCCUGGCCCCAGGGGAAGUGUCCUGGCUGCUGUCAGCCCCCGGGGACUCCCCGGGACGGGACCACCCUGCUUCACCUGUCCACAGCAGGACGGUCCCGUGGGGCCUCCCAGCAGGCCACUGGCCCAGCGACCCCGUUGGCGUCGCAGCAGCUGUGCAGGCGGGCACACCCGAGCCACCGGGCCUCUCCGAAGCGCAGCUCUGUCUGGGCGUCCAGAGCCCCUGCUGGCUCCCCCGGGCUCUCGGGCCGCAGAGGGGUGAGGGGCUGGCCGGGGUCACACGCGCCCUUCCCCGCAGAAGCUGCAGCUGGCGCUGGCCCCGCUGCACAGCCUGGCCUCGCUGGCCUCGGAGCACGGGCUGCCGGACCCAGGCAGCCUCCUGGUCCACUCCC